AUGUACGUAACAUCAGUUUCCUGCGUGUUGUGUCCGCGAUGGAUUCAGGCGGCGCUGCGCUCACUCUUUCAAAACAAGAACUUCGCAAGCAGAAGCUGAUGGAGUACUUGGUGGAAAAGGGAAAGCUUAGCCUAAGGGCUCCUAAUCCAAAACCAUACCUUCAGGAGAAGCCCGCGAAGCCUAAAAAGCUCACAGAAACCUUUGUGAAAGCUCCGUGUGCUGCCAGGGGGAAGGAGAACCAGAAGACAGAUCCACCCACCCAGAGAUGGAGGGAGAACAAAACCCAGGUUCCAGGUGUUACAGCCAGAGCACCACUCCAAACCAGAGGCCCCACCUGCAUUACCCACAAUGCCACUGUGCAUUCCACUACGAUGGUUCGCACCACACGCUCCUGCACAUCUGCCUCCAUGGCCAAAAUUUGUCGUGACAAAGCUGGACCUUCUGGUUCGCAUCCCAGAGCAGGUGGUCCUUCUGGCUCACGUUCUUGUAUUGCCCCUGUGGAAUUAAGGCGACCCGGUGCGGUGGGCCCCGCCGGCUCCCGGCCCGGCACUGUCCUCCUGGAUCGAAGAAUCCACAAUGCUGGGACGGUGCGCUCAAAGACGUUCGUCGCAGCCGAUUUGCCGGUCAGAACAGCUACGUGUGUGAGACCAAACCUCAGAAAGACUGCGUCUAUCGGAACUGUCCCCUCUAAAGCCCUGGCAGCUGCAGCAGCUCCUUCCAUGGCUAAUCUCCAACCUUCAAGCACGAUGCGAAGUAAGUCGGACCUUGCUUCCGUUUCAUCUAAAUUGCUGCCUGGUACCUGCCAAAUGAAGGUCAAUCCACCGGUGAGGCAGCGAAGCCCUACGAAUACUACGUCGAGUGUCAAGCUUGUUGCCAGCAGACAUUGUAGAGCUCACUGUAAAGGAGCCAGUGAUCCUAGUGGCUCCAAGGAUGCUUCAUCUGAGCCACUGCUGAUCAGACCUCAGCGGAAAAAUGCAGCAAAUCCUGCACCGCCAAGGAACCGUGACACGGUCCCUCGGCCCAGGACCGGCCACCGAGCAACAGGACCACAGCGUGCCAAGGACCAGGCUCCUUCCAGAGCGCGGGGCUCGGCACUGCACAAAGUGAUGCUUCAGGCAAUCUCUAAGAUGGACAAGGAGACAUCCCGGCAGGCUGCGUCCAGGGUCAAUGGACCAGAAACUGAUAGCAAGGUCCUGAAAACAACUCGGAUGAGAAAUAAAACCACAGAAGCAGCUCAGCCUUCCACUUUACGCACCAGGCAGCUUAAGGGGCCAGCAGUUCUAAAGACCCCCGCUGUUCAGAGUCAAACUGAUCAAGGAGGUUUUACCACAGCCCCCAGAAAUGACCAACAGAAAUCAAUCACAGCACAGGAGGAGAGACUGAAGAAGCUCCAGGAAUGGCGGGAGGCAAAGGGUAUUUCCUACAAGCGGCCGCCCAUGCCCAUCAGGCCAAGCCUGAAGAAGGCACCCACGGUCCCUCAGCACUACUGGAGCACCAUGGAAGCAGAGGACGAAGCACAACACCUUGUGUGCACCAUCGAUAGUGCGCUGACUGACUGUAUGAAGCUGUUGCAGGAGGGCUGUCCCACUGAGCAGGUGACUGCGCUGCUGUCUCGCCUACCAGUAGCACAGAAGUUUGCCAAGUAUUGGAUCUGCCAGGCCCGGAUCAUGGAGAGGGCAGGGAACCUAGAAGUUCUUCCUCUCUUUGAGCAGGCUGUGCAAGCCGUCCUUGAGCCGGUGGACGAACUGCGAGCUGUAGUGUUUGAAAUACUUAAGAAGAAAGAAGAGGUGCAAGCCAAGGCAUCUGAAGAAGAACCUAAGGGACAAAUGGACCUUCAGGAGGAAGCUGAGGCUGGGGAGGUAUUGGAAACUAACCUUGCCACACCCAAAGCCACGAGCGUCCUGAUCCGUGGGACGAAAGAGGGCUCAUCUGUUGUGAAGUACAAGAUAACGGCCACGCCUGGGGGCAGGAGAAGCCAGCAGCAGGAGUCCAAGUAUCUUGAUGGCCAGGAGCUGCGCUUCUUCACUCCAGUUCGGCGCUCCGUGCGAAUCGAGCGGUCUGCGCCACGCUACCCCACCGCCUUGCAGGAGCACGACCCGUGUGUGGCUUCCUUUAGGGACCUGCUUGCUGAAGAGCAGGAUGAGGGCUGUUUGCCUGUAUACAUCUACAGAGAGAAUGAGGCCCUGGGGGAUCAGGUCCAGCUCCAGUUUGUGUAACAUAACAUAGGACAGAUGCUGCUGCUUUUCCAAGGGCCAUCAACAUGCUCCAAACUGCAUAACUGGGCUUGAACAUCUAAAUGGGUCAUUGUGCAACUGCUGCUUUUGCAAAGGCUGGGGAUGCAGAACAGAUUUCCUCGCCUUCCUUCUCUCUCAGGAGCACGUGUUCCAUACCCGACAGCUGUAAUCUGAAGAGCAUUGCUUAGUCCCGCUCUAAAGCAGUCAACGGAAAAACAUCACUAUCCCAACUCUAA